AGUCGUAAACAUCCGGUACCGAAACAUCAACCACGAUGAACCACGUUAGUGAACUCAUACGAUGUACUGAUUUUGCUGCCAUAAAGCAUAAAGACCAGAGAAGAAAAGAUAUUGAGGCAACACCAUACAUCAACCACCCUAUCGGUGUGGCAAAGAUAUUGACUGAAGAGGCUGGAAUCACAGAUAUCCCUGUAAUCCAGGCAGCAUUACUCCAUGAUACAGUAGAGGACACCGAUACGUCCUUUGAGGAACUGAACCAACACUUCGGCCCUGAAGUUUGUGGUAUUGUGAAGGAAGUUACCGACGACAAAACAUUAUCAAAGAUGGAAAGGAAACAGCAGCAAAUUAAUCACGCACCUCACGCUAGUUAUAAGGCUAAACUGGUCAAACUGGCUGACAAGUUAUACAACUUACGGGAUUUGCGGAGGUGCACACCCUGUGGCUGGACCGCUGAACGUGUACAGGAGUAUUUUGUGUGGUCUUCCAAGGUAGUAGCAGGACUUAGAGGGACAAACAGGAAAAUGGAGGACACCUUAGAUGAUUUAUUCAAGGAAAGAGAUAUCAUUAUAUGAUGUUUCAAUAGGAUAUUCCAAUUCUAAGAAAAAAAAUAAUUCUCACUUUGAUUAUUGAAAGCAUUUAUUGUUGAUUAUACAUACCGUAUUUACCGUGUUUUCGUAUUUUAAACUGUUAAUGGGAUAUUAUUCAUUAUUAUGCAUGUUAAUUGUUCAUACUAAAUUCUAGUGUAAAAAUGGGAUGUUACAAUUUUAAUAAUAAAACAGAUUACAUACAUAGCUACAGUAUUCCUAGGUCUCAGAUUUGCUUGAAAAACUAAGGACUCUGUUAUUGAGCAUAUACAAUAGAGGUGUUAAUGAUCGAAAGUGAAUAGAUAUUCGGGCACCUGCCCAACCACAUGGAUUUUCUCCGAGCACUCCUGUUUCUUCCCACAUACACACUUCAAACCUGGCCAAUAAAGGUAUAUGUAGGUAUAUGGAUAUUCUAUUCGAGGCUGGCGGUUUCUGACACCAAAUUCUGCAACUGGUGGUAGAAUAUCCAUAUCCUACAUACCUACAUAAUGAUCGGCUCUUUUUCUUCCACUUUUUAACCAAAACUUGGUAAAACAGGAUAUCGACCAUGCAAAUGCAACACUUCUUACAGAAUUUUUGUUCUAGGUAAUGUAUUCUCAAACUAGCGCCAUGUUUAGAAAGAGCAUAAAACUUACAGUACAUGUAUAACAAAGGUAUACCUGCAAUAUAAAGAUCCAUGAAGGACUUUUAAGGUCAAGUUGUACAAUAGUUCUAUUGUUCUUAAGGUGAGGUCACCUUCCGAUGGCAAAAAUGCCACAAAACAAAGUUUUGACACUUUUUUAAUUGUGGCGGCAUAAUAAAACGCCGUCAUCUGAUUGUGACAUUAUAAUAGUACAGGUCUCUGGGUGUGACCAUAUAGGAUACACAUAUCUAAUAUGGGUGUUUCGCAUGGGACACGUGUGUCUUUUAUAUGCAGAAGUUGGAGUAAACUUUGAUAACUCUUUGUUUCAUUACUAUUUGAAAAUAAAGUUUAUUAUACGACCGUCAAAUUUGGUAUGGCGUUGUCCGUCCGUCCAUCCGGCG